UGACAAGAUAAAGCGACAUCAAUCAACAUGGCGACUGCAAUUAAGCUCUAAGAAGGCACCCUCACUCUGUUAGAAUCGCAAGCACUUAUCUAGUUAAUUUUGCUCAAAGAUUUAAAAAUGUCUAUUCAAUCGCCGACCCACGAAAAUGAGGAAUUAGGAGAAGAACCAUUGCUUGAAGACCCCUUGGACACCAAAGAAAAAUGUCGUCUAUGUUUGAAGGCGGACGAUGUGUUGAUACCCGUGCAAACUGGUGAAAAUUCUGUGGAAGCUGUUAGCGCCGUGGCGUUGAAAAUAGACAUCCUCACAACCGUGAAGGUUGCACCCUCAGACAAGAUUUGCACAGCUUGCCGCCUGAAAGUAAAAAGAUUUUACUCAUUUCGCAUCAUGUGUUUACGGUCAGAUGCUAGAAUACGGGAUGAGAGAUUGAGAAAAGGUGUUACAAUAUCUCGGGCAGAGCCCGCUGAAUCAGUCCGUAGUUACAAAAGAGUCAAGCGUGACUUCUCUGAAAUGCAGAGAUCAUCAGUUAGUGAUGCCCUGAGCAUUACACCUGUGACAAAGUAUGCUAACGGAAGCUCAUCUUUUAUUGAGAGCAAGUUAGGGCCAGGCCUCACAAUUUCUGCAGUACCAAUCAAACAGGAAGCAGAUACCAAUGAAAAUGGGUCAAACUGGGAACAUGAAGUUGACACUCUCGUAGACAAUGGUGACAAUAUGAAAUCAGAGUAUGAUGAUGGAAAUGGAGAAGAUUGCAAUGAAUCACCAGGAGAUGAGACAGAAAAUUUAGAGGUUCAAAUAGACCCUUUUAUGUUAAUGGGUGAUGACACAUCAGAACCAGAUCUUCAUGCACAUGCCAACUCGGCUGUCAAUGUCCGGGGGCAUAUUCUGUAUCCUGUUCUGGGCGACAACACUCAACUUCCCCCACUUCAACCUGGACCGCAUCGGCGUGGACCACUUGCAGGCAAAAAUUCAAGGGAUCGUGAAAGAGCUCUUGAACUCAUCAAACAGAUGACAGCAGUUAGGACAAAAACAGCAGCAGCAGCAUCAAGCCUUGAUGGUUCUUUCCUUGAUAAGCCUUUCAAGUGUGAUGUUUGCCCAGAAAGCUUUUCAUAUUACAAGAGCUUUAUCAAACACAAACAGCGUCACACUGGGGAAUUGCAGCCACUAAAAUGUGAAUUUUGUCCUGACGUUUUUCAAACUAGUAGACAGCUUCAAAACCAUCUGAAACAUCAUAAUAUAGAGAAAGCCUUCCCAUGUGACCAGUGUGAGCGUUCUUUCCCAACAAAGGAGCGUUUGAGUUCUCAUUACACAUUACACACUGGAAACAAGCCGUAUGAGUGUGAGAUUUGUAACAAAUCAUUUGCUUACAAAAGUAGCUAUGGAUUGCAUAUCAGAAAGCAACAUGGAGAGCAACCCCUUAAAUCACAAAGCUUUAAAUGUGACAAGUGUAAUCUGGAAUUCGAUAUAUUUGUUGAUUUUAAACGUCAUUUAAGUACACAUCAAGGAGAGAAACCAUUUACUUGUAAUGUUUGUGAAAAAGCAUUUGCCUCUAAGUCAAUCUUAAAUGUUCACUCUCGAAUUCAUAAUGGCACUAAACCAUACAGGUGUGAUAUAUGUGGCCAAGCUUUUACUCAGAAGCAAUCCCUAGAUUACCACAUGCGAAGGCACAAUGUUGAAAACCCUUUCAAGUGUGAUGUUUGUGGAAUAUCAUUCCAGCGUCGAUAUUUCUUAGAAAAACACAAAGAAAAUCAUCAUGGAGGGUCAUCGUCAGGUCAACAAGAUGACGUAAUACUCAUGGGCCAUGAUGAAGAAAUAGAUAAUCGAAGACAAAUGGACGAAGAGGAUGAUGCUGAUAGUGACCCACUUAAAUUAGAAAUUGAUGAAUCAUCAGAGAAUCAUGAAGAGCCUGAUAAUUUCUCAAUGAAGGCUGGAUUAGAACUGGCUCAGUAAAAAUCUAGUGAGAACUUUUGUAUCUAUACUUUUGUUCUAUAUAUGUGAAAGGUAGUGUGUUAAGGAUUACCACACAUGCAUCUAAAUUUAGAUAAUUUGAGUCAAGUAAUUGAAUAAGUUUGUGCAAAUGUAUUUGAGGCUGUUUGACACAGAACCUGAUUUAAGCUUGAAAUAGAUAUCAGUUUUUAUCUAUCUUCGAAUUAAUUACACUAUAUUGAUCAAUAUUAUUUUCAAUUGUUGUGCAAUCCCCCUUUUUUUAUAGUUAAGUUAUCAUUUCUCUGUCAAUAACUGCUUGCAGUAUGUAGACUUAUCCUCCAGUCUAUCUUACCUUAAUUUUAGUAUUGAAUAUUAAUCAAUACCGUUCAACUCAGUUUUUGUUAGUUUUUCUCUCAAAUUUAUCAUGCUUUUGAAAUUUUGCUGAUUGAAUUUGUCAUGAGAUUGGUGGUGUGCAAUUCUAAUUUGGGUAUUAUCCAUACAUGGGGCCAGUUUUGAACCUUUGAAAGUUUGCUCAUGCAAACUUGAAUUAUUUUUUUCCUGAAAGCUGUUAAAAUGUUCUCAUUAAGGCCUUGCCUCAAAAGUCUCCUAUUUGGGUUGUUAUGUUUACCUUUUGAACAGAUGAGCAUUAGCAUUGUGAUAAUAAUCUUUUAUUCGUGGACAUCCAUGUGAUUGAUCCGUUCCAUCUUAAUUUUAACCUUAUAUCUUUGUUUCUCUUAAAUUUUGGCCAAAUUGGACAAGGUUAUCAUCAACUAGGCCUUCAGCUGGCCACAUAGUUGUAUUUUAUUAUUGAUUAUAUCCAUAUAUAUAUAUAUGUAAGAGUAAAUGUUUUAAAUAUUCAUGGGGAAAAUGGGACAUAGCAAAGAAUUUAUACAUGUAAAUUUCAUUUUAAAUUUUAUACUUGUGAUUGCGAUACAUGCAUGUGGCCGCAACAUGAAAGAAAGAUAUAUUUAUGAUAUUUUCAUAAGCACCUCUCAUUUGACUGAUUUGUCUUUGCAUGACUUCCUAAUUACUUGUACGUACAUUGUGUUUUGGAAAGUGACCUACUGUCUUUGCUUUCAAUAUUUGACAGAAUCCCAGUCAAUCAUAACUUCUUCAAAGUAUUACCCUUCAUGCUGUCAAAAAAAUCUCAUUCAAACCUAUCAAACUGUUUUACUUAAUCAGUGUGUACGCUCUUUCUUCCAUUUAAAUGCUUGUGUUUUGCUUCAUUGCAUAAUUAUCCUCAGGAAAAGCUCUCAUAGUUUUUUAUGGAAUUGUUACACUAUUUUUGCUUGGCAGAGUGCAGUACAGACAUUUAUCAAUUAAUUUGAGUGCAUUGUAAUAUGAUCUUGUCAGUCAUUGAUGUUCCAUGGAUUUCUACACCACGUUAAUCAUUCAGUUGGUGAAUAUUGAAGUCUGUGUCCAUUCCUUACCCACAAAUGUAAUUAGUUAGCAACAAAGUAGUAUUAUGUUAUGUUAUAAUAUUGUUACUUCAAAAUGUUUUGUUGUUAUAUUGUGUGUUUUAAUUAAAAGCACUUUCCUAUGAAAUGAUUUCAUAAAUAUUCCAAGUGCCUUAUAAAUUUGUAGGAGUCAUUAUUAUUGUUUAUUUAAAUUUGUGUUUCAUAGAGGAGGAAUAUUAUACUUCUGAGAUCUCCAAGCACCCAUUUUUCAGCCAUUUUGAUGGUAUUACUGUAGUAUCAUAUGGCUGUAUAUUGAACGGAAUUGUGUGUGAUUGUUGAUUAAGAUUUGAUGUACAGUAGGUGUGAUUUGCACAUGCACGUUGACAUUUGUAUUGCAGCAUGUAUCUUGAAAACCAAAGGAAGAUGACGGAACCUUAUUGUUAGUGAAACUUACCAAGUUUAAAUGUUGGAUUUGCAAAGAGUGUUUCAUAACAUUUAUGAUAUGCCAGUGAAUGUUUCUCCUUUUUGUGAUUUCACGGUUUUUUGUGUGCUGAAUUACUUGUUUGUUAUGCAGCAACAACGUGAAUGUGUGUGGUUUGUUGAGAUUCCUUGCUGUGUUUCACUUGUCAGUAUCAUUUAAAAAAUAUCUUAUGUAAAAACACAGUAAGGAAAUUGAAUCGGAUGUUGCUAGGAAUGAUUUCACAGGCACUGCACUGCAUGUUGUUUGUCAGGAUUUCAUAUGUGUGGUUAUGCUUGUUUUCUAGCUAUAUGAAUGGUAUUCGCACCAGCCGUUUCUUUCUUUCUUUCUCUUUUUUUUGUGAAUCAAUGAUACCAGUCAUUUUGUGCAGUCUCUCACAAUCAGUUCUUUAUGAGAUGGUUGAAGUGUAUUUAUUUCCACAAGUUGUAACAAUGUGUAUUUUAUUUUCAAAGAUAAUAUAUAUGUUUAUUAAAAAUA